AUUUUUCACCAUCUACAAGUCACGUUAAAUUCGUCCUACCCUGGAAUCACCAGUUCAGGCUUUUACUUACCUACAAUUGUCGAGGUUGUGUACACGAAUAUUACAUUAGUAUGAAACUGAACAUUGGUGAUAACGGACAUAUAUUACGCACAGGUACAUCGACAAUUUGGUCGACGCUUGCGUAAACCAACUCGUAACCCCUAGACUGGAGAAGUGGUUGAAUACGGGCUGGAAUAAUGUAGAGUAUACUCUUCCCGGUGAGUUAAACGUUUGAUAUUUUAAAUAUGUCUAUUACUAAGUAUGACAUUUGAUAAUAAACAGAACAAUGUUAAUUAAAUUUUGAUUUUAUUUAAAUAUUGAGAUUUAACGGACGAAAUGUUCGGCCACAGUAUGGGAUUGACCGCUGUCUUGACCAGCUUUGGAGCAGCGACUGGUGCUCUGUCAGCGUGGAUCGUUUACGCAAUGUGCGUAAAACGACGUCAUUUCCCUGGUGGUAAACCGCUUAAUUGGUUUGAGAAAGACCUGUUGGAUCGUGCUAAAGAGGCCGCUAAAUCAUCAACGCAGGAUUUUAUUGAACUUGGUAACGUUGCUGGUGGUAUUGUUUGCGAUCCAACAUCUGGCUCACGGGAUUUCAGUGACAAUGUGUGCGACGAGGUCGAGUGGACGAGACGCGAUCCGCCUUAUGACACUAGUAUUUUGGACUCGCGUGAAGUUAUUCAGAGAUUGUCGGAAGGUGAUGACGAACCGAGAACUCCCGUGAGUCCAAUCGCGCCUCCGUUACCGGGCGGUGCGCUCGUUGCUAGUGAUGAACGUAUGGUAAUAGUCAGGCCGCAGCCAAGAUCUGCCCAUGGAUCGCGAUUAAGUAGCGACAGCGAUUCUGUGUUUCAUAAACAAUCUUCUUGGUCAUCUUCAUCUUCGCUGGAUGAUGUUGGAGGCGAAUUACAAUUGAGUUUAUCGUAUGAUUCAACAUCUAGUGUUUUAACUGUAAAACUUCUUGAGGCGCACGAUUUACGAGCUAGAGAAUUAAGCGGGAAUGCUGAUCCAUACGCAAAGAUACGUUUGCUGCCAGACCGAAGCAAUACGUGGCAAACAAAAGUUCAUCGAUGUACCUUGAACCCGGUUUUCGACGAAGAGUUUACGUUUGAAGUUUCAUCAUUAACUGGCACAACUCUUGAGGUACUUCUUUAUGAUUUUGAUCCAGCAUCAAAACAUCGGGCUCUUGGUUACGUCCGUUUACCGUUGCCACUUAAUAAUAGUGAAUAUCUUGGUAUUAAACCAGUCACCCUGACAAGACCAAUACACAGGUAUGGCGCAGAGGGUAGUGUUUAUCGAUCAGACCCACUUGGCGAGCUUAUGGUAUCACUUUGUUACGAUGCAAAUGCCGCUAAAUUAACAGUGAUUGUUAUCCGUGCAAUCAAUCUUUCUAUUUCUGACGACUCUGGUAAUCAGAAUUACGACACUUACGUAAAGGUGACGAUAUUCAAAGAUGGGAAAAGUUUUAAGAAAAAACGCACAGUUAUUUGUCGGGAUCAAAGCCCAGUAUGGAAUGACGUAUUAAAUUUUGAUCUCGGAGGCGACAUAUUAUCGAAUUGUCUUCUCGAAUUUUCGAUUGUAAGGACAAGUGGUGACCUGCUCGCACGUUGCGAAGUGUCAAAAAAAUGUCAAAGGGAAUUUUUCCAUCGAGUUUUAUCAGGUAAAGGUGCUUCGGUUCAAAAGGUACCGCUUACUGGACCGGACAAACGUACAGAUUCUUCAUAAAUUAUAAUUUAAAAUAAAAACAGAUGCUAAUAAUAAUAAUAAUAAUAAAGUAAAUAUAUGUAUAUGUAUAUGUAUAUGGUAUAAGUAUAAAUAUGUGGAUGGAUUAAUUAUAAUUUAUAAUAUUAAAUAUAAUAAGGUGUACAGAAUUGGUGAGCACACUUCAGAGACCUGCUUUAUGAUACUUUUGUUUAAACUGAUAACUUUUUUUAUCAUCAAUUAAUUAUCAUUAAAUAAAAUAGUUACCGUACUGAUGGCGGGCCAACAAGUAGAAUAUUUUAUCGUUAGCAAAAUAAAUAUAUAUAUAAAUAUAUCAAUAUUUGUCUUUGUCGUUAGACAUGUGAGUAAAAAAAAAAAAAAAAAACAAAGCAAAUUAAUUGAAACCCAAAUAAAUAUUUGAAAUUUAUGAAAACGCAAAUUGAUUUUGAAAAUUAUUUUCAAAGCUUAAUUAAUAUUAUUUAUACUUUAAUUACUAUAUAUUUUUUUUGUGUAAUUAAAUAAUUUACAAUUUUAUUUGAUAAUAAAAAUUUGAAUUAUAAGUACAAACAAAUAAAAUUUAAAGUGCUGUAGUUUUUAAAUUUAAAUAUUUUUAAUAAAUUUAAAUUUAUAUGGAUAAAUAAAAUUGUAGAUAUUUUAAUUACAGGAUACAAGUAAUUUAAGUUUACUUAAUAUUUGUUAUCAAUCAUAAAUAAUUGUGUGCGAAUAGUUCGAACUUACGAACUAUUGGCAUCGAAUCGAACUUCAAUCUAUUCGGAAAUUUAUGAAUAGAAUCGACUCGUCAUAAGCCUGGUCUAGAGACGCAAGGAAAUUUUCCUUGAAAUUUCAGUCUCCACUACCGCGCGUUUAGUUUUGUUCUCGACUACUCGUUAUAAGCCUGUGUUUAUUUUUUAUAACUUUGAACGUCAUAUUUACGAUUUGUUACAUACGUCAGUGUCCCGAUUUUUCUAGUACUUAUAGCAGUAAAAUAAAUACUUAUCUUUUUAGACAAAUAAUAAUUAUGAUGACAACGGUAUUAAUUACAGUAAUAAUAAUAAUAAUUGUUAUUGAUCAACAUAAUGCUCAUUAAAACUUUUAAAUUGUAACAGAAGCUUUAAUUGUAAUUAAUCAUUACAAUCAUCAACAAUAAAUAAUAUUUAUAAAAUUAUUAUCCGCGAGAGAUCGAUAGAAAAUUUUCAUCAUUAAUUUUGAUAUUUGUUCCUAUUGUUAGUUUAUAAUUUAUAGAAUUUUAACGGAGGCUUAUAACGGGAUGUCUGCUACGAAACUCAAAAAAGUGGUUGAGUGAGGGAGCUGUUUGGACGGUACCGUCACUUAUUAUCCGCGAUAAAAUAUCCGAAUACAUUUUAUCUGAUAGACAAAAUAUCCCCGGAAUAAAUACUCGAUAGAUAAAAUAUCUUAUAAUAUAAAUACUUUUCAUAUAAAUAGUACGGUGCCCUUUUAUCAGAAAUGUUUAAAAUAUUUGCACGUAAAAUUUGAGUGUGUGAUAUUAAAAAUAGAUCAACACUUGACGGUACCAUUCCAAUAUGCAUGGAAUGGUAUGGUACACGUUUAUUGAAAACCAUUAAUUAUUUUUUCACUUAAAAUAUAUUUUUCUGAAUAAGAUUUAUCGACAGAAUAUUUUGUCACGAAUUUUUGUCUCUUGAAUAUUUAGUCCGGGGAUAUUUUGUCUAUCGGAUAAUUUUUUUGCGAACUACAACAAGUCGUGCUACCGUUUGGACCCAGUACCUGCCGAUUGAGGGAAGCGGCUUAUGAAGGGCAGGUUUAUAACGGAUAGUCGACUGUAAUUCCAAAUUUCUUUUUUGAUGGAUUCAAGUGUAAUAUUUUUUUCAAUAAUUCAAAAUUUUGUCAGAUAUAACUAGAGCUGACAUGAAUCUACAAAAAAAAAAUCAUUUCAAGUCAAGAAAAUUUUUUGUCAAACAUUUUCGGGAAGUCAAAAUUUUUUUGAACCAAGAAAAUUCGUCUUGGUCAGGAAAAUUUCUACUUUUCUCAAGAAAAUUAAGAGUUUCAAAAUAAAUUUCUUGAAUCAAGAAUAUUUACUUUCAGUUGAUAAUUUUUUUUGCUGUGUACGAAAAAAUAAUUUCUAGUUACUUUGAAAACUAAACUCAUUAAAUAAAAAUUUAAUAUUUGGAAGCUGACUAAAAUUUAAAAAAUGUGAAAAGUUUCUAAUAAUUCAAAAAUUUUCAAGUCAUGAAAUAAUUCGAUUCGGUUCGAACCCGAUUCGCACACUUGUAAUAAUUAUCCAUCUUUGUUAUUAUCAAUCAUCUGUAAGUAAUUAAAUUAAUUACUUAUACUAAUUACUGUAAAAAAAAUUAUUGUUUCAAUUACAUACUUACAUCCAUGUAUCUACUUAUUUUUG